GGCGUACCCGGGAGGCGCCGAGGCCAAUGGCGAACCGCGACGGGCGGCGGGGCGGGGAGGACGGCCGCCGCACGCCCAACCCGCGGCUCGGGAGGUGGCUGAGGAGUGAAUUUUCUGGAAGGCGACUUUAAAGGCGCCGGGCCGGAGCGAAGGGCGUCUCGGUGCCGCCGCCCGGGCCAGGGAGGGGCGCAUUAGCGGCAGGAAGCGAGGUGCGCCGAGGUCGUCGCGGAACCAGCUGGUGACCUCGCAGGAUGAACCACAAGAGCAAGAAGCGCAUCCGCGAGGCCAAGCGCAGUGCGCGGCCGGAGCUCAAGGACUCGCUGGACUGGACGCGACACAACUACUACGAGAGCUUCUCGCUGAGCCCCGCGGCCGUGGCGGAUAACGUGGAAAGGGCGGACGCUUUACAGCUGUCGGUGGAAGAAUUUGUUGAGCGAUACGAAAGACCUUAUAAGCCCGUGGUUCUGCUGAAUGCCCAAGAGGGCUGGUCUGCGCAGGAGAAAUGGACUCUGGAGCGCCUGAAAAGGAAAUACCGGAACCAGAAGUUCAAGUGUGGCGAGGAUAAUGAUGGCUACUCGGUCAAGAUGAAGAUGAAGUACUACAUCGAGUACAUGGAGAGCACCCGGGAUGACAGCCCCCUCUACAUCUUCGACAGCAGCUAUGGUGAACACCCCAAAAGAAGAAAACUUUUGGAAGACUAUAAGGUGCCCAAGUUUUUCACUGAUGACCUUUUCCAGUAUGCAGGAGAGAAGCGCAGGCCGCCGUACAGGUGGUUUGUGAUGGGGCCACCGCGUUCUGGAACUGGGAUUCACAUUGACCCUCUGGGAACCAGUGCCUGGAAUGCCUUGGUUCAGGGCCACAAGCGCUGGUGUCUGUUCCCAACAAGUACUCCCCGAGAACUCAUCAAGGUGACCCGAGAAGAAGGAGGGAACCAGCAAGACGAAGCAAUUACCUGGUUUAAUGUUAUUUAUCCCCGAACACAGCUUUCAACCUGGCCACCUGAAUUCAAACCUCUGGAAAUCUUACAAAAACCAGGAGAGACUGUCUUUGUACCAGGAGGCUGGUGGCAUGUUGUUCUCAAUCUUGACACCACCAUUGCUAUCACCCAGAAUUUUGCCAGCAGCACCAACUUCCCUGUUGUGUGGCACAAGACGGUAAGAGGGAGGCCAAAGUUAUCAAGGAAAUGGUAUAGGAUCUUGCGGCAGGAGCACCCUGAGCUGGCAGUCCUGGCAGAUGCUGUUGACCUCCAGGAGUCCACGGGCAUUGCUUCCGACAGCUCCAGCGACUCUUCCAGCUCCUCCAGCUCCAGCUCCUCUGACUCAGACUCAGAGUGUGAGUCUGGGUCUGAAGGUGAGGGGACAAUGCACCGCAGGAAGAAGAGGAGGACGUGCAGCAUGGUGGGAAACGGGGACACCACCUCACAGGACGACUGCGUGAGCAAGGAGCGCAGCUCUUCCAGGUGACAAGCACGGCUGUUGUGUGCAGGGACAUGCUCACGGCGAGGGCAGGGCCCAGGGAGGGCAGCCUGUUGGGAUCCUACAGACCAGGAGGGGGCUGACGCAUGCCAGAGGAGGAGGACACUCUUGGAACGGGACCGCUCACUCAGCGUUGGCUGCAGUAGCUUUUUCUCUGCUACCUAUGCAAAUUGAGGAGGCUUGUUUUAUCAUAAAAAAGGCAAGAGUGUGAGUGGUGCCAAGAAGACCCUUUACACUAUUUAAUAAAGAUGAGUCCAUUUUACACCUGA